UAGCGGGGGAAAAAACAAACAACAUGGAGCAAUACUAUCACACCAACUUGUACCUCAACCUUCUCUUCCUCUUCAUCUCCACCGUCUUCCUCACCCUCUCAGCCAUCUUCUACAAGCACAGAUCCCAAUAUUACAACCACCCGAACCUCCCGCCGGGCCGGCCGGGCAUCCCUUACCUCGGCGAAACCCUAGACUUCCUCUCCACCGGAUGGACCGGCCGCCCGGAGAAGUUCGUCACCGAUCGGAUCCGAGAAUUCUCCUCCUCCGUGUUCAAGACCCACAUCGUCGGCGAGCCCACCGUCGUCCUCGCCGGCGCCGAGGGCAACAAGUUCCUCUUCACCAACGAGAACAAGCUUGUGAUCAUGUGGUGGCCGGACUCCGUCAACAAGAUCUUCCCCUUCAGCGAGACCACAUCCGUGUACGAGGAGUCCCGCCGGUUCCGGAAGUUCCUGCCGCAGUUCAUGAAACCCGAAGCCCUCCAGAGGUACGUCGGAGAAAUGGACGAGGUGGCCCGCCGCCACUUCGCCUCGCUGUGGGAGGAUCGCGACCGGGUGGAAGUGCUCCCGCUGGCGAAGAAGUACACGUUCUGGGUGGCGUGUCGGCUGUUCGUCAGCCUGGACGAUCCCGCGCGAAUUGCGGAGCUCGGCGUCCCGUUCGAUGACGUGGCGUCCGGGAUUUUCGCACUGCCGUUCGAUCUGCCCUGGACGCCGUUCAGGAGGGCGAUCAGGGCGUCGAAGUUUAUAAGGGAGGAGUAUCUGGUGGGGAUUAUUAGACGGAGGAAGGCUGAGCUGGCGGCUGCGGCGGCGGCGGCGGAGGAGGGGUGUGAUCGUGUGAUGAAAGCGCAUCAGGAUAUAUUGUCGUAUAUGCUGACGGCGACCGACGACGGUGGGGAGCACAUGAGCGAGAUAGACAUUGCUGACAAGAUACUGGGGCUUCUGGUCGGUAGCCACGACACCGCCGCCGCCACGUGUACUUUCAUCGUAAAGUUCUUGUCGGAGCUCCCUGAUGUUUACGAUCGAGUUUACCAAGAACAAAUGGAGAUAGCGAGAAGCAAAUCAGCUGGGGAAUUGUUGAACUGGGAAGACAUCAAGAAGAUGAAGUACUCGUGGAACGUAGCUUGUGAAGUGCUUAGGCUCACUCCUCCUGUUCAAGGCUCGUUCAGGAAAGCCACAACCAGCUUCAUUUUCAAUGGCUUCUCCAUCCCCAAGGGUUGGAAGUUGUAUUGGAGUGCACCUUCAACUCACAAAAACGAGAAGUACUUCCCGAAACCGGAGAAGUUCGAUCCCAGCAGAUUCGACGGCAGCGGUCCGGAGCCAUACACGUUCGUUCCUUUUGGAGGAGGUCCCAAGAUGUGCCCUGGGAAAGAGUAUGCUCGCCUUGAAAUUCUGGUGUUUAUGCACAACUUGGUGAAGCGAUUCAGGUUCGAGAUGUUGAUCCCCGGUGAAAAAAUCAUCGUGAAUCCUAUUUGUGUGCCGGCGAACGGUCUUCCUAUUCGUCUGUUUCCUCACAAGGCUUAGAACUAUAACGAAGAAUAAGAAGAAAAAAAACUUGUCGGAUAUUAUUAAUUACGGAUGACUUUGUCAACUAUGUAUCAUGGAAUGUGAAUCCUAAUAAAAUUGUAUUGUAGAGAUGAGAUUGCCAGAAUUUAUGUCAAAAUAUAAUACUAUCUAUUUGGUUUGAUGGGAUUGCAACAGUUAUUGCGUUUGUAUUUAAUAACUUCACUCCACUACUAUUUGAUGUCCUUAGCAUUGUGGCAAAAUACCCUUAUGUCGCUUUUUUAAGUUGUGGUCAGUUCAAUUCAUUGCAUAAGCAUACAUAUGAAUUUAUUAUAUUAAUUACCGGAAAAAAAAAUUAUUAUAUUUUUUUCUUCGUCAAAACUUAUUUGUGUCUCGUGACAAAUCUCAGCACCACUUGCAUCGAUCUAUCUAUGCAUUAUCCCUGGCCCCCAGUUUUAUCUUUUGGCCGGCAGGACCACGAUCAACAAUGUCUUGAUUGACUGAACCGAUCGACAAAGGGAUCUCCUGAGGCUAAAAUCGUUUAUCCAUCAUCGACCCUCGCUCCCACUAUGAUUGUUCACGCUGGCUACUGCUAUGAAUGCCUUGACAAAAUUGAUCUCGGCCACUAGAGAGUAAGUGUCCAAGAAAUCUGGUCCAUAGAUUUGCAUGAAGCCCCAUAUCUGGUUUCUCUUCAAGUGAGUAUAUAUCAUUGUUUAUUGUCCUGUUCCAUUCAUCACUUUUGAUGGAUUCAUAAUAAGACGUUGGCUAAUUUAAGUUUAUAACAAUAAUUUCAUAGAACCUAUUUGCUGGACUCAGAUGAUUAACAUUCAAGCAAACAGAUAUCUGUUGCAAGCAUUGGCAUUCUUAACACCCCCCAAACUAUAGUGUUUCCGUCAAGAUGAUAAUCAUUGUAUUUUGUUAGGAGAUCGAGUUACCUUUCUCAAUGGUCUUCCUUCCCCCAACACAUCCUCGUCAUAGGAUCAACGUCUUGCGGUGGCAUUAACUCUAGAUCAUCUUGAAGAGUUGAAGUUGUACCACUACGUAAAUGUCAAAUUCCCUUAUGGUAUAACUCUAACUUGUACCUUUAACGUUAUGGUACAAGUUAAAAUUUUACUUUAAAGCACCAAUACUUUAAAGCAUAGUAGAAGUGCUAAGAACAACUUCGUUUUUGUAACCUUAAGUAAACUUUAGUAAUUAGUAGUCACAUCAUUAGGUUAUAAUUUUGAAUGGUUUAAAAUAUCGGGAGGAAUGAACCAAUGAAAUUUUGGUUUGUAUCUUCUUUAUUGCAACUCAAUUUUUGCAUAAACGGAACAGGUGUAUUGUGAUCUAUAAAAUUAUAUUUAUUUUCGAUAUAUUUCGAAAAACAAUUAUGUACCACCUCGAUACCAUUCUGCACCCCCUUCAUUUUGAACUCGUCUUGAAAGAAAGAAAAAAUCAUAGAAAAUAACAGUCUAACGUGUUCAUAAUGAUCAAUAUAUUUAUUUUCGAUAU